AUGAUACAUUUUAAAAUAUUAUCUUUGCUAUACAACUGCAACAAUUUUGCAACAUUUUAUUUAUCAUUUAUUUGGUUCCUCAUAAUCAUAAGAAGUUCAGGAGCUGAUUAUCAUUAUCGUAUGGAACAAGUUAAAAAUGUUUUAAAAGAGGUUCCUUUAGUGGAUGGACAUAAUGAUCUUCCAUGGAAUAUAAGAAAAUUUUUAAAGAAUCAAUUGAAAGACUUUCAUUUUGGUGGAGACUUGCGACAAAUUCUACCAUGGUCUUCAAGUGUGUGGAGUCACACAGAUUUGAGACGCUUAAAAGAGGGAAUGGUAUCUGCGCAGUUUUGGUCAGCUUAUGCACCGUGCUCAUCCCAACAUUUGGAUGCUGUACAAUUAACUCUUGAACAAAUUGAUUUAAUACGACGUCUAGUUAAUUUGUAUCCACAUCACAUGGCAUUAGUUACAACGUCUGCAGGAAUUAAGCAAAGUCAUAAAAGUGGAAAAAUUGCCAGUCUUAUAGGAGUGGAAGGUGGUCAUGCAAUUGGUACAAGUUUAAGUGUAUUGCGUAUGUUCUACCAACUUGGAGCCCGAUAUUUGACAUUAACUCAUACGUGUAAUACUCCAUGGGCAGAUUGCUGCAAAGUUGAUGAACCUGGUAUGUAUCCUAACAUUGGUGGAUUGUCGAAGUUUGGAAAGUCGGUUGUACAAGAAAUGAAUCGACUUGGUAUGAUAGUUGAUCUAUCUCAUGUUUCUGUACCUACAAUGUUGGACGCGUUAGGUACUUCUAGAGCACCAGUGAUAUUUUCACAUUCCUCUGCACAUGCGAUUUGUAAUAGUUCACGAAAUGUUCCCGAUCAUGUCCUCCAAAGAAUAGCAACAAAUGGUGGGUUAGUAAUGGUUGCAUUUUAUCCCCAUUUUGUUAGCUGCUCGGGACAGGCUACACUGCAAGAUGUUGUUGCUCAUAUAAAUCAUAUUCGUGAUGUUGCCGGAAUUGAUCAUGUUGGUAUUGGAGCCGGUUACGACGGCGUUAAUUUGGUACCCGAAGGUUUAGAGGAUGUUUCUAAGUACCCUCAUUUAUUGGCAACAUUGCUUGAGUCUGAUAAAUGGACAGAAGACGAUAUAGCAAAACUAGCAGGAAAAAAUCUAAUUCGGGUAUUUAAAGAAGUUGAAAUGGUACGUGACAAAAUGGACCUUAUGAAAAUUCCUCCUGCCGAUCAAUCCAUUCCAUCCGAAGAUAUAAUGGGAAGGUCAUAUUGUCGUUUUCAGGGUCCGAUAUCGAGAUAACCGUUUAAUGAUUAAAUUAAUUUUUAAAUAUUUCAAUGAAAUAUAUACGUUCUUUAACUAUAUUAAUUAUAUUGUAUAUGUAAUAUAAUGCAUGUAAAACAUAUAUCCUUUUUAACUGUGUUCAGAAUUAUGCGACCAAACUUGUAUUAACAUAAUAUAAAAGUGAU